AUGUCUACCGUAUCGAACAAAGGGAUCAUUUUCAAGGCUGUUCCAGAAGGAUUACCCAAUCCCAACGUGCAUUUUGAAGUAGUUCAUCAUAAAAUUGAUAUUAAAAAUUUGAAAUUGGGAGAAAAUGAUUUUAUUUUGAGGAAUCUUUAUUUGUCUUUAGAUCCUUACGUUCGUUUGACCAUGAAAGAAUCUCAUAUUGAUCCGGUUAUGCCAUCGCAGGCAAUCGGUCAUGUUUUGAGUGGUAUUGGUGUUUCUGAAGUUGUAAAAUCAAAUAAUCCAAACCUUAAAGUUGGUGAUCUUGUUUAUGGAUUAAUCGGUUGGGAAGAAUACACUCAUAUUAAGACUGAUGCUAAAAAGAUAAAUGAUAUUCAUUUUAAAAACAUUAAUUAUCAUAAAAAAUUAUUAAAAGAGGUUCCAUUGAGUUAUCAAAUUAGCCUUCUUCAGUUAAGUGGAUUGACUCCUUACGGAUCUUUAAUGGCUCUCGGAAAACCAAAAGCAGGAGAGACAAUUUAUAUUUCAUGUGCGGCUGGAGCCACCGGACAUCUCGUUGGUCAAAUCGCAAAAAUUAAAGGAUUGAAGGUGGUUGGAUCUACUGGAUCUGACGAAAAAGUCGAUUUCCUUUUGAAUGAAUUAAAAUUCGAUGCUGCCUUUAACUACAAAAAAGUUGACCUUGAUAAGACUUUAUCUGAACUUUGUCCAAACGGUAUUGAUAUUUACUUUGAAAACGUCGGUAUUUGUGUUCACGGAUUUCUUGCAAUGGAUUUUAUUGGAAGUCAAGUCGAAAAAGAUUUUGAAACUGAUAUGUUGGAAUGGGUUAAAUCCGAUAAAAUUAUUUGUAAAGAAAAUGUUAUCGAGGGAAUCGAAAAUGCUGGAAAAGCUUUCACUGAUAUGUUGGUCGGUAGUAGUGUUGGCAAGUCGAUCGUAAAAAUAGCUGAUUAUUAUAAUUAA